CGCAGGGCGGGGAGACCUUGGCUAAACUUACCAGCGGCUCAGCGGAGGUGAAAGCCCUGUCGGUAGGGUCAGGACCAAGGGAAGAUGCAGAGCUGGAGUCGUGUGUACUGCUCCUUGGCCAAGAGAGGCCAUUUCAAUCGGAUAUCUCAUGGCUUACAAGGAGUUUCUUCGGUGCCUUUAAGAACUUAUGCAGAUCAACCAAUUGAUGCUGAUGUGACAGUGAUUGGUUCUGGCCCUGGAGGAUAUGUUGCUGCCAUCAAAGCUGCCCAGUUAGGCUUUAAGACAGUCUGCAUUGAGAAGAAUGAAACACUAGGUGGAACAUGUUUGAAUGUGGGCUGUAUUCCUUCAAAGGCUUUACUGAAUAAUUCUCAUUAUUACCACAUGGCCCAUGGAAAAGAUUUUGCAUCUAGGGGAAUUGAAAUGUCAGAAGUUCGCUUGAAUUUAGAGAAGAUGAUGGAGCAGAAGAGUUCUGCAGUGAAAGCCUUAACGGGGGGAAUUGCCCACCUGUUCAAACAAAAUAAAGUUGUUCACGUCAAUGGAUUUGGAAAGAUAACUGGCAAAAAUCAGGUCACAGCUACAAAAGCCGAUGGCAGCACUCAGGUUAUUGGUACAAAAAACAUCCUUAUAGCUACAGGUUCAGAGGUCACUCCUUUUCCUGGAAUCACGAUUGAUGAAGAUACUAUAGUGUCAUCUACAGGAGCUUUAUCCUUAAAAAAAGUUCCAGAGAAGUUGGUUGUUAUUGGUGCAGGAGUAAUUGGUGUAGAAUUGGGUUCAGUUUGGCAAAGACUUGGUGCAGAUGUGACAGCAGUUGAAUUUUUGGGUCACGUUGGUGGAAUUGGAAUUGAUAUGGAGAUAUCUAAAAAUUUCCAACGGAUUCUUCAAAAGCAAGGAUUUAAGUUUAAACUGAAUACAAAAGUUACUGGUGCCACCAAGAAGUCAGAUGGAAAAAUUGAUGUGUCUGUUGAAGCUGCUUCUGGUGGUAAAGCUGAAGUUAUCACUUGUGAUGUACUCCUGGUUUGUAUCGGUCGACGGCCCUUUACUCAGAAUUUGGGACUAGAGGAGCUUGGAAUUGAACUAGAUCCCAGAGGUAGAAUUCCAGUCAAUACCAGAUUCCAAACUAAAAUUCCAAAUAUCUAUGCUAUUGGGGAUGUGGUUGCUGGUCCAAUGUUGGCUCACAAAGCAGAAGAUGAAGGCAUCAUCUGUGUUGAAGGAAUGGCUGGCGGUGCUGUGCACAUUGACUAUAAUUGUGUGCCGUCGGUGAUUUACACACACCCUGAGGUCGCUUGGGUUGGCAAAUCAGAAGAGCAGUUGAAAGAAGAGGGUAUUGAGUACAAAGUUGGUAAGUUCCCAUUUGCGGCAAACAGUAGAGCUAAGACAAAUGCUGACACGGAUGGCAUGGUGAAGAUUCUGGGACAGAAAUCAACAGAUCGAGUACUGGGAGCACAUAUUCUGGGACCAGGUGCUGGAGAAAUGGUGAAUGAAGCGGCCCUGGCUUUGGAAUACGGAGCUUCUUGUGAAGAUAUAGCUAGAGUCUGCCACGCACAUCCGACUUUAUCCGAGGCUUUUAGAGAAGCAAACCUGGCUGCAUCUUUUGGCAAACCAAUCAACUUUUAAUUAGAAGAUUGUUUUUCCUAAAAUCUGGAAGCUUUUGUCAAGGUUACAUUUUUGAACAGGAUUAUAUCUCAGUUUCAGGAAUUUGUAGGAUGAAAUUAUGAAACUUCUGGAAGGUAUUUAGUAGGUUUAAACAGAAUGGAAUAACCUUGUACCUAUAUUUUAAAUAUUUUGUUCCAGUGUAUUAAUGUGGAUAGAAAGCUACAUAUAGUAGCAUCCUGGAAAGUUUCUGACUUGUGUUUUCAUUCUGUCUGUGAGAUUCAACUUUACUGAAUUGGCAUUAAUGGAUUUUAUCUCUAAUUCAGUGAGGUGAGUCUGUUCACAGGGAAGGGGCUGAAUAAUUCGUGUGAACAGCUUCAAGAAAACUGACCAAGUUAAAUUUGGUUUUCAUAUUGGAAACGAGUCAGUGAUUAGAACAAGAUUCAAAUAUGUACAAACAACUUAUGUAAAUAAAAGUGAUUGUCUCUCAUUUUAUUUAACUCCCAAAUUCCGGGUAGAAUUACGUGUUUUGAGGUUGUAGUAAGACCUGUAAGUUUAAAGGGCAUUCAGUUGCCCAGAUGAAGAUUCUGUAUACAAAACUAUUAAAUGGAGACUCAUGAUUAUACCAGGAAAUGAAGAUACCAAAAUAAACAUGUCUUAAUAUUUAUUUACUGGUUAUUCUGAGUGUAUAUUAAGAUAGUUCUAAUUCUUUGACCUCUGAUUGUCUUUUACUUUUUAUUCUUUACCACUUUUAUAGCACUGAAUGUUCUCACAUUGUGAGCAGAGCUGGUCGGUGGGGUCACAUGAUUUUAGUUCCAGUACUCAGGAGAGAGAGGCAAGUACAUCUUUUUGUUUGAGGCCAGCCUGGUUUGUAGGGCAAUUUCCAGGAUAGCUAGGAAUACACAGAGAAGCCGGCUUCUGCCUCAAAAUCUUUAAAAAACGGCCGGGCGGUGGUGGCGCACGCCUUUAAUCCCAGCACUCGCCUUUAAUCCCAGCACUCGGGAAGCAGAGGCCGGCGGAUCUCUGUGAGUUCGAGACCAGCCUGGUCUACAAGAGCUAGUUCCAGGACAGGCUCCAAAACCACAGAGAAACCCUGUCUCAAAAAACCAAAAAAAAAAUCUUUAAAAAACAAAAACAAAAAAAAAAGUGCUACAAAAUUGUAUUUGCUGAUGCUAUUAAAUGGCAAAAUGUUAAAAUAAUUAUUUCGGGCUGGAGAGAUGGUUCAGUGGUUUAGAGCACUGCCUGCUCUUCCAAAGGGCCUGAGUUCAAUUCCCGGCAACCACAUGGUGGCUCACAACCAUCUGUAAUGAAGUCUGGUGCCCUCUUCUGGCCUGCAGACAUACACGCAGACAGAAUAUUAAAAUAAUUAUUUCAAGAAUAGCCAUGAACUAAACGCUAAGUACCACUUUAUAUAAUUACAUAUAAAUUUGUCAUUUUAAAUUUGAGUAGCUCCUAAAUUUGAUAGUACAGAUUUCUAAAAAGAAAAUUGUAAAUUACUUAUACAAACAAGAUAUUCAUUUGACUUAAGCAAACUUGGAAUAAUACUGAUUCUAAUAAUAUUGUAUAACGUACAGGCUAAACGUUUAGUGAUCAUCUGUAAAACAAAUGCAAGUACUAUGACCAUUCAGAUGCUUUAAUAUUGUUGCACAGUGGAAUUGCCGUUCUUUUUUGUUUUAGUUUUUCUCGCCAGGGUUUCUCUGUGUAGCCCUGGCUGUCCUGGAACUCACUCUAUAGACCAGACUGGCCUCAAACUGAGAGAUCCACCUGCCUCUGCCUUGUGAGUGCUGGGAUUAAAGGUGUGAGCACCACCACCUGGUGGAAUUGUAGUUCAAGGGAAAGAUUUCACUAGUUUUCAGGUUUUAGGGCUGUUAGGGUAAUGACUGUACAUUGUCAAGGCUGGAUUCACUCACAAACCUCUCUAUAAAUACAUUUUUCCUUUAAUCAGGAAGUUAAAUUGGCUCAACUCUAAACUCUUGUUUGAUAGCAGUUUGCAGCUGAAAUAGUUUGAAGUUUUGUCUUGUACCAGAAUUCUACUGAGUUGGGGAGUUUCUAACAUUUUCUCUUUUAUUUAUAUUUUUCUCAAAUUCUGGUUAUUUAACUAUAGAAAGUUGACUUUUAAUUUUCAAGUGAAAGCUUAUUUAAAAACCAGGACACUCUGCUUUGCUAUUCCUCUGUGUUUGCGGUGCCUUCAUACUUUUUUGUUCAGAAUUCACAGCUAGCAGAGGGUUUGUGCUGUACAUGCUAAUUUGUCAUAGGGGGAGUGAAGUCUGUGUAUUUUAAAAUGGUUUAUUUAAAUCCCAAACAUGCCCCCUCCUCUCAUGGAAUUUUCUAAUUUGGAAAUAGUAAAACAUAAUUUAAUAUGAUCCCCUAGCUAUGCAGAUACACAAAAGUAAUAGUUGUCUAACUGAAGGAUUCUUAUAUAUGAGAAUAUAAAUAAAAUCUGGAUGAAUAAAGGCCUAAGAGUAAAACAAGCUUUAAAAGUCUUCUGCUCAACUCUCAGUGUUUGGGGUGUUAUGCAAGGACCUAUUCACCGAGCUGAUUUUGUGUGUGUGUGUGUGUGUGUGUGUGUGUGUGUGUGUGUGUGUGUGUAGGCUUUUGGUGGAAAAGACAUGGGGAGUAGUGUUUUAUGUAUUUAUUUAUACAGUAUCCUGCCCGUAGGCCAGAAGAGGGCACCAGAUCUCAUUAUAGGUGGUUUUGAGCCACCAUGUGGUUGCUGGGAAUUGAACUCAGUGCUCUUAACCGCUGAGCCAUCUCUCCAGCCUGUGUGUUAUUUUUUUAUCUAUUCAUUUUUUUAAUAGGUGAACCAGACAUGGUAAAGUGUGGUUGUUUUGGUAUUUACUAGGUUUUGUAGCUAUUUACAUAACCUUUAUCAAUGUUCAGCUUUAUUUGCACCUAUGUCAGAUCUGUGGGUCUAAGAAGAAUGUGUGAAGAACAGAAGGCUGGGCUGUUAGCCUUCUCUUUCAGCUACUAUGUAGUGAACACACACCUAUCUGUUUUAUGCUAAUGAUUUUCUUUAUGCUCUGGACUAAGUGCUUGUUUGGAAUAUUUGAUUGUGAAGUUAAAUAUAGUAUAAUAAAAACUAAGUGUAAGUUGUGUGUUCUAGUAGCUUUGCUCCAUUACCAUGAACAGUUUCCCUACACUGGUCUAAAUCACCGAAGUCCUGCCCACUCU